AAAGCGCUCCAUCAACAAAUCGCAUUACCACCACGCACUCGCACGUAUUCCAGUGCGUCACUUGGAAGGCUCUACACGAGCUCGACCGCGCGUGGCAAUGGAGAUCGAAUCCAACACGAAGCAGUGCAGAGUUAAGGGAGCACCAUCUGAGGAGGACCGGCUGAGUGGCCUCCCCGACGACGUCCUCCACUCGAUCGUCGGCCGGGUCCCCCUCAAACAAGCCGUCCGCACCAGCGCCCUCUCCACGAGGUGGCCGUGCCUGUGGCUCCACGCGCUCGCCGCCUCCGCCGUCCUCGACUUCACCGACCGCGAAUUCGCCCGCGGCCAGUCCCUGGGGCGGAUCGUGGCCACGGUGAACCGCUGCCUGGAGGCCCACGGCGCGGCGCCCCUCGACGUGUUCCGCGUGGCGCUGUCCCCGUUCGACGCGUUUGGGCGGGACGUCGUCCGGUGGGCCGCGGCCGCCUUGGGGAGAGGCGCCAGGGAGGUGGGGGUGGACCUGACGCAGCACGCCGACGGCCGCGGGGCUCUGGAGCUUCCCGCGGACCUCUUCCAGGCCGAGAGCUCCCUCGCGGUGCUCAGCCUCGGCCGGUGCAGCCUCCGCGACGUCCCACCCGGCACGGCGGGGCUCGCCGGUCUCACAUCGCUCUCCCUCAACCAAGUCGACGUCACCGACGAUGCUGUCCGGGACGUGGUCUCCGGGUGCCGGCUGCUCGAGUUUCUGAGCCUGGAGAGCUGCCACCUUCUCGUGUCGGUGAGGGUCGCCGGCGAGAGGCUGCGGGGCCUGGAGAUCGUGCGCUGCCUGGCCAUGCGCCACCUGCAGGUGGCCGCGCCCGUGCUGGAGUCCGUCGUCUACCACGGCGACGUCCUCCUCAUCUGGAGAGAGGACGAGCCGUCCGGCGUGGAGUUCGUUGGCCCGGGCGGCAGGACCGAUGCCAGGCCGGAGCUAAAGGACGCGUACCUGACCCACAUCGGCUACGGCGUAUACGACGAAGUAAUUCACGAGUUCGCCUACUCGGGCUUCUUGGAUCAGGUCGCGCAUGCCAAGAUUUUGACACUUUGUUCCGUGGGCAUGCUGCACCUGGAAGAAGAGCGAUUGUUCGCGGAGGGCGACGUGGAUGCCCCGAACCUAGAAGAGCUGCAGCUGCUAAUGGACUCCGUCUCCAUGGGCGACGACGAUGUUACUCGCUUCUCCGGAUUCUUAGAGCUUGUCGUGGCGCCGCUCCUCGAGCGCCUCUUUAUCCGGCUCCCAGACGCGUGCGGCGGCACGGCGGGGACCGGCGAGGGCGCGGACAUCGUUCUCGAGUGCGAGAUCGCUCUCGACCACCUGACGUUCCUCAAGGUGGUGAACUUCCGAGGGACGAGGUGCGAGCUGCGGCUGCUAAGGUUCGUCCUGCGCAGGGCUCCUGUCCUCGAGCAGCUGGUGCUCGUCACCCCGGAAGACGUAGGAACUCCGGGGCACCAUGACCAGGGGAGAGCGUCCGCCUGCUACUUAAGGUCGUCCAAGAGCACGUGUCAGAGAUCAGCAAGGCGUGGCUCUGGCAGGAGCCCUGUGUCACCGUGUGCCGGCCGAGGGAGGACGAUAGCCGGAGCCCUGCACACACCAAGUACUACCACCAUGAUCAUGCAUAGUUCAACUAGAGCUAAUUAAUUAGGCAUGGUUAAAGAAAAAGCACCCAAACCUAUCAAUAAGCCACAAGCCUUUUUUACUACUCAGUUAAAAAAGGUUAUUACUAAGGUUUGUAUAUCGAAACAUUAACAGAAUCACUAAAAGUCUCACGUCAGA